AUGUAUUAUAUAGCUUUCUGCCUAAUAAAUUUUGCUCAUAUAACAAUAUGUGCAAGUGACCAGCUAGUUCAUGACAUCGGUCAUGAAAACUUGGCGACCAACUCAAAGAUUCAAGAACUGGUAGAGCGUAUGAACGACAUGGAAUCACGAGAGAAAAGUCAUAUAAAGGCUCUCGCAGAACUUAAAAUUGAACACCAGCUUGAAAUCGACGGACUGAAGCAAGAACUUGCAAAGCACAAAGGUCAAAUUGCGGCCUUGCAAAAGAAAAGCUCUGGUCAAGCUCGUCUUAUUUCCAAGCUACUGCGCCGUAUACAACUUCGUUCUAUGUCUCCUGCCAAAGAAUCAGGACCAGGAUCGUCUGCUUCGAUAUCUGUACCGUCUGGUAAAGACGAGGACCCGAAACAGAAAAUUGCUGAAAAUACAGUCAACAGAAUUCGACGAGUAGAAAAUGAGGCUACGGUUGCGUUCACGGCGGGUUUGACAGCUCCAUUUUAUCAUGCGGGAGCACAUCAGAACAUAGUAUUUGACCUUGUUGAAACUAACAUUGGAAACGGUUAUAACAGUCAUCAUGGCGUAUUCAUUGCUCCAGUUUCUGGUCUCUAUCUCAUAUAUUCUUCUAUUCUCGCUGCGAAUGGUGCUGAAAUUUGGUGCCAGAUUGUUGUAAAUGGCGUGAAUAAAGGAUCAGUUUACGCACGAGGCACUGACGGUCGUCAUGAUCAAGGAAGUCAAGCUAUUCUCGUACAACUACAGAAAGGGGAUGACGUUGCCGUGCAAAAUUUCUUCAACGACCAUGCAGUUUAUAGCGAUGGUAAUAUCUACUCAACAUUUUCCGGUGUUCUGCUUCAGCAAAGUCACUUCCAGGACAGCUCAGUCAUUGGAUAGCUGAAAUAAAAAAUUUUGAAAGUAGAUCAAUAUUAUGACAUUACUCGAAGCUGUUUUGGCUUUUUUCUUUCAAAAUGAUAAAAAUUAGCUACACAUCAAUCUUAAUUUUGAUUUGUAACCCUUACCGGUUAAUAUGUACUAAUGAUACCUGAUACUUAUGGACACAUAUUAAACGAUAAUAUUAGGCUUUUUAUUGCCACAUAUGUAUUUUUGUUGUGAGUGACGGCCGUAAAAAGUCGUCUCGUAUAUAAAAUCAAAGAUGUUAUAUUUUCGAUCGUUGAAGGGUGUUCUGCACGACAUUAUAUUGCUGUGUAAAUGUU